AUGUUGCUUAUGUCCAUCCUCACACCUGCGUUGGUAGCCCUGUCUCUAGGGUCAGAUGCAGUCUCGGCGGCCAAACAUGGACGCUUUGCAGAGCGAGCCCGAGCGCCCCUCGAGCAGGCCAAACGAGCAGUAGAGGCAUCGCAGAAGAAAUCGUCUCAUUCCACGGAGGACUUUCGCUUUUUAAAUGACAAGACCAAGCCAUACCGGGUGCAAUCCUUGCCCGAUGUGCCCUUUGACAUCGGCGAGAUGUACUCCGGCCUUGUCCCUAUUGACACAAGCAAUAGCUCGAGGAACCUGUUUUUCAUUUUUCAGCCUACUAUCGGCAAGCCCGUCGACGAGAUCACCAUCUGGCUUAAUGGCGGGCCUGGCUGUAGUUCGAUGGAGAGUUUCCUGCAGGAGACUGGCCGUUUUCUGUGGCAGCCUGGCACUUUUGCCCCGGUGGAGAAUCCUUAUUCUUGGGUUAAUCUGACCAACGUGUUAUGGGUUGAUCAGCCUGUGGGAACGGGCUACUCCACGGGCACUCCGACGGCCAAAUCACAAGAAGAAACGGCACAAGAUUUUGUCAAGUUCUUUAAGAAUUUUCAGAAAAUCUUUGGCAUCAAGAACUUUAAGAUCUAUGUCACGGGCGAGUCUUAUGCUGGACGCUAUGUGCCGUACAUCUCGGCUGCGAUGCUGGACGAGAAAAAUAAAGAGUAUUUUGACUUGGAUGGCGCCCUGGCCUACGAUCCAUGCAUCGGGCAAUUCGACUACAUCCAGGAAGAAGUCCCAGCCGUCCCGUUUGUGCAGCAGAAUUCCAACCUGUUCAAUUUCAACAAGACCUUUAUGGCCGAGCUCGAGAGACUCCACAAAUCAUGCGGAUACGCAGACUUCCUCGACGAGUACCUGACAUUCCCCGCCUCCGGGGUGCAACCACACAAGUCCUUCAACACCACAUCACAAGCCAAAUGCGACGUAUUCGACAUGAUCAACAACGAGAUCUUCAACAUCAACCCCUGCUUCGACCUAUACGAGAUCAACCAGAUGUGCCCGCUCCUGUGGGACGUGCUCGCGUUCCCAACCGCACUCGACUACCAAGCCACCGGAUCAACAGUCUACUUCGACCGUGCAGACGUGAAAAAGGCCCUCCACGCCCCCAACGCCACCUGGAGCGAGUGCUCCAACGACCCCGUGUUCGUGGGCGGCAGCGCCGGGCCCGAGCACGAAGGCGACAUCAGCGCCAACCCGAUCGAGCACGUCCUGCCACAGGUCAUCGAGGCCACAAACCGCGUGCUGAUCGGCAACGGCGACUAUGAUAUGGUCAUCAUCACUAAUGGCACCCUCCUCGCUAUCCAGAACAUGACCUGGAAUGGUCAUCUCGGCUUCGAGACCCGCCCGCAUGCCCCGAUCCAUAUCUCCAUGCCGGACCUCAUGUACCAGGAGGUCUUCAAGGCGAACAACCAGUCUGGUCUCGAUGGGCCCCAGGGCGUGAUGGGGAUCCAGCACUAUGAGCGUGGCCUGAUGUGGGUGGAGACCUUUAUGAGUGGCCACAUGCAGCCUCAGUAUCAGCCGCGCGUGGCGUAUCGGCAUCUCGAGUGGCUGCUUCGUCGGGUGGACUCGUUGUGA